AUGCGUGAUCUAACUCCGUUUCGAAAGGUGGAAGACGACAGAAAACACGAAGUCGAAGCAGCUAUUGUCAGAGUUAUGAAGUCAAGAAAAUUGCUCAGUCACAACAACCUCGUUACGGAGGUAACACAACAACUCAAGCAUCGCUUUGUACCAACUCCUCAACUGAUCAAAAAGAGAAUAGAAGCCUUGAUUGAGAGAGAUUAUCUGACGCGGGAUGCUGAGGAUCUUAAACUUUACAACUACAUUGCAUAA